UGUUUUUGUUUCUGAUUUAAAGUUAUGAUACUGAUAAUGUUUUAAUAUCUUAAAUGCUUAAGUUACUAAAUGCUGUUAGUACUAAUAUUAAGUAAAUUAAAUUUAACUUUAAAAAAUGUAUCGUUUACCGAUUACAAAUAAAACGUCUCAUACAUUUUACAAAAUCCACAGGACAUUGACGUCCAAUAGCAUUAGGAACUCUUUCAUUGAAUACUUUUGUAAAAACCACGGGCAUAAGUUUAUAAAGUCUAGUUCUGUGGUGCCGUUAUGUGACCCCACAGUGCCCUUUGUUAACGCCGGAAUGAAUCAGUUCAAAGGAGUAUUCCUGGGUGUAGUAGAGCCACCAUGCGCGAGGGCAGUCAACUCACAGAAGUGUGUGAGAGUUGGUGGCAAACACAAUGACCUGGAGGUGGUGGGGAUGGAUGGUCAUCAUCACACUUUCUUUGAGAUGUUGGGGAACUGGUCCUUUGGCGACUAUUAUAAGAAAGAAGCAUGUCAAAUGGCCUGGGACCUGCUUCUGGGUCCAUUUCGCCUGAAACCUGAAGACCUGCUGGUGACAUACUUUGGUGGGGAUGUUGUUAUAGGCUUACAAGAGGACAGAGAGUGCAGAGACAUUUGGAGAUCACUUGGUGUGCCAGCGAGCAGGCUGCAGGCGCGCGGGGCCUCAGACAACUUCUGGGAGAUGGGGGCGACAGGCCCGUGUGGGGCUUGCACCGAGUUGCACUAUGUGGGAGCAGAUGGCAGCCUCACUGAGAUAUGGAACCUCGUCUUUAUUGAUUGUAACAGAGAAGGCGAUGGGUCGGUGAAGCGACUGCGGCGCCAGCACGUGGACACCGGCAUGGGUCUGGAGCGCGUCGCCGCGCUGUUGCAAGGGGUGCACUCCAACUAUGACACAGAUCUCUUCAGGCCAUUGAUGGAUGCCAUACACAGGAACAGCAAAGGAGUGGGCGCGUACAGCGGGAGCUACGAGCCGGACGCGGCACUGGACCAGGCGUACCGGAGGCUGGCGGACCACGCGCGCAUGCUCAGCGUCUGUCUCGCAGAUGACGUCUUCCCCGUAGCCAGUUUAAAUUUGAAACAAAUAAUGCGUAAAUCGUUCAAGAUUUGUACGGACGUCUUCCAAAACCCUCAACUCUUGAACCGGCUGUACGCAGAAGUCGCCUCGAGCCUUGGAGAUACAUAUCCAGAGUUGAUCGCUAAACAAAACGACGCCAACCUAAUCAUAGACCAUGAGAGAGAGUCGUACGCCAAACUGCGCGCUGAUCUCAGGAAGAAAUGGAAAGGUCUGAUCCAGAAAUACCCGGAGGUAGAGACACUGGCUGACAUCGAGCUGGCAGGCUUCCCGCUGGGAUAUACAGAGUUUAAAGAGACAAUGUCCAAAAUGAAGUGUGCGACAAUACCCGGAGAAAUAGUAUUCAAGUUGUACGACACGCACGGCUUCCCCGAGGAUGUCAUACAGAGAAUAGCCACAUUGAACAAUGUAGAUAUUGAUAAGAGAGGAUUUUGGAAUCUCCUCGCUCGCCACAAAUCUAAACAUAAGACCGCUUUCAAAGAACGAGCGCAGAAGGAGCUCGCCUUCGAUAACAUUAUUGACAGGUUGCUGAAGAGUAACAUUACACGGACAGACGACGCUUACAAAUAUCAUUAUUUAUAUGAGAACAAUGAGGUACUGUUCCAGCCGCUCCAGUGUAAUCUAGUCGCCAUUGUGAACGAAGACGGCGAAUGGAUCGACUUCUUGGAUCCGUGCGAAACCGCUCCCUACUAUCUAGUCACCGACAGAACUAAUUUCUUCUGCGAGGAAGGCGGCCAAGAGGCGGACACCGGCCUCUUGACAAUUAGUGAUCAUGUUUAUAUGAAAGUGGAGAAAGUGUUCAAAGUGCGCGACUUCGUGUUCCACAAGGGACACUUCGUAGUGAACAGAAGCGGUGGGAGGUGCUACGUGCGGUGCGGGGUGGGGGCGGGGGUGGAGGUGCGGGCGGAGGUGUGCGGGGCGCGGCGCCUGCGUCUCAUGCAGCACCACACGGCGACGCACCUGCUGCACGCGGCGCUGCGUCGUCUGCUGCCGCGCACCGCGCUCUGCCAGACCGGCGCCGCCGUCACGCCCGCCGGCCUCGCACUCACGCUCGCUCUCUACGGCGACAAGCUGACGCACCAGGUCUUGCUGGACGCAGAGGAACUCGUCAGGGCGGCGAUCCGCAGCGACGCGCCGGUGUGCACGCGCGUGGUGGACGGCGUGAGGCUGGCGGAGGAGGGCGGAGCGUUACGCGUGCCCGGGGAGGCCUACCCCGAGCGCGGGCUCCGGCUCGUCGUCUGCGAGGCCCCCGGGCUCGUCUCCAGGGAGCUGUGCUGCGGCACGCACGCGCCGUCCGCCGGCUCGCUGCGGGAGUUCUGCGUGAGUGCGGUGCGCGGCGCCGGCGGCAACGCGCCCACAGUGCACGCGCUCGCUGGAGACGCCGCGCUUCAGGCGCACGAGUUGUUCUGCCACACGGAGAACCUGUGCGAGGUGGCGCGGCUGGGGGAGGCGGGGCGAGUGCGGCGCGAGGCGGGAGAGGCGCGGCGGCGGCUGGAGGCGCUGUGCGGGCGGGGCGCGAGGGGCGGGGCCGCGCCACUCGGGCGCGCCGCCGCCUGCCUGCAGACUCUGCGGCGGCUCGAGGCGCAGCCCGCGCCGACACCGACGCCUAAUGUUUGCACUGCCGGCAGACGCUUGGCGGAGGCGGAAGUGGCGGAGGCGAUGUGCGAGGCGCGGCGGGCGGGGCGCAGGUUCGCGGUGCACUUCGUCCGCAGCUCGUACCUGCUGAGCGGCGAGGGUACGGCCGCCGCGCUGGCCGCGGCCCCCGCUGCGCCCGCCCUGUCCGCCCUGCCCGUGCUGCUGCUGGCCUGCUCCGCCGGCGUGCUGCGCGCCUCCGCCUCCGUGCCGCAGGAGGACGUGUCGGAGGAGUUCAGCGCGGAGAGGUGGGUGUCGUGCGUGGCGCCCGUGCUGGGGGCGGAGGUGCAGGUGCCGGCCGCGCGCGACCCCGCCCUCUACGCGGAGCUGGCCGCCACCAAGGUGAGCCUGAUCACGUGCGAGCAGCUGGUGCAAGACGCGAUGCGUGUCGCCAUCAAAUACGCGCAGGCGCACGCGCGCGGUCACGCCCCCGCCGCCGCUCCCGACCACGCCCCCGACCACGCCCCGCCGGGCCAGGACCGACAGCACAACUAGCGACACGGCAACCUCAACCUCAAAUAUACAUAAGUAGUCCACCAGUCUGCUUAUAAAAUCUUCUAUCUGUAAAACUAUAUUCUUGUUCCAAAUUCAACCUCUCCCAAGAAGUUGUGCGAGAAUCAUGUAGAGAGUAUGAAAAUGUCUCAAAUUAAAUAAGUCUAUAUUGUAGAUGGUGUGUACACACACGCGUACUCACAACGUAAUGCGCUGUUGAUAUUUAAGAAAACCUUUACAGCCAAUUUUCAAUAAUAGUUAAUGUUAGCUAUUUUGGUGGUGACUGAGUCGGUGCUCCAGCUAUAUAACAUAACUUCUAUUGUACUUAUUUCGUACGCUGUUAUAAUGAUUAUAUUUAAAAUGUAUCUUGAUUUAUUUCUGAAAUGUUGUUUUAUUUCUUUUAUGA